AUGGCAGCUCAGCUCGUCAGGCCCCAGCGGCUCAGGCGAACUGCCCAAUCAGAGGUAAGGGCCAAAAGGUCUGCCGGUGGAACAAAUGACCCAGGCGUCUCUUCGUGUGCAUGUGUCUGUGUAGUUGCACCGUCAUACCGAACCGGCGCUGAUCAGAGGCGGCCAGCGAGUGAUUGGGACGAGACAUCUCUGUUCACGGAGUUAGCGAGAGAGCCAACGAGCGAACGAGCGAACCAACGAACGAGCGAACAAGCGUCGAGCCUCGGCCGGUGUGCACUCUGGACUGGUCAGAAGGAGGCUGAUAACCACCAGUUUAAGAGGAUCGGCGAAAAUCUCCGUCUUCUGGCGCGCUGCUUUGCUUCAAUCGUCUUCUUAAUAUUUGGUCCGAGAUUUUUCCGUCCUCCACCGCCACUGCUACUCCCACCGCCACCGCAAUCGUGUCCAUCAUCGCUGUCGUGUUGCCAUCAGCCUCGCUGUCGCGGUCACCGUAGCCGGGGCGCCCCCCGCGGCCUCAUCCGCAGCUCUACCUGCCCACUUUGCAUCCUCUCAAUCUCUGGCUCGUCUUGCCCGACCGAGGGUGUGGAGGGCAAAAGGCAUGUAAUUUGGCUUAUCUGCCUGACAAGUUUACCAGAAGACACCUGGAAAACCAAAGGCCCAGCUCGGUCUGAGAGUUUGAAGUCUGCAAAAAAGGUAAUCACGAACAGGCAUCACGGCUCUCUCGGUUACUAA